UUGCGUCAUUGGAGCGCGACAAACAACGUUAGAGGGUCACUGAGAUCAGUUGGACGAAAGUCGUUGUUUUUCUGAGUUCUCCAGACAUGUCUCUUCUGCGGUUUUGUGCUUCAAAAAGCAGACACGGACUUUAUGACAAUCUAGCUGUGCAGUCCGUCUUUACAGGGCUCUCCCGGGCCGCCAGCAGAUCGGCGAAUGAUGCGGAACCGCUAAAGAAAGCCAAGACACCGCAGGGUCGGUUUGACAACCCCGAGGAGAAGAGUAAAGAUGUUCUGCAAAGAUUCCCUGAUGAUGUGAACCCUGUAACCAAGGAGAAGGGGGGCCCACGGGGUCCUGAGCCCACACGCUAUGGAGACUGGGAGCGGAAGGGUCGCUGUGUCGACUUCUAGUUCAUUAUGGAUAAAUGGCACCAUUCAAAUCAUUGACUGUUUGUGAUGUAGACACAACAGUCUGAGUUUCUGAUACAAGAUACAAAUUGUAUUGAUGUGCAUUUGUUCAAGUGUUCAUGCUAAAAAAAAAACUAAUUGUUGUCAAAAAUCACUAUUUGAAUCUCUUAAGAAAUGCUUUGCCAGUCGAUAGUGUUUUGUUGCAGGUGAGAUUGAGACAUGGUUCUGUCCACAGGUAUGAAUGUUAAAGAUGCAUGUUAGAAUUCUGCAUUAAAAUGUCAUAAAAUGAGUAGA